CUGGAUCAAACUGUUCUAGGUCAGAGUCAAAGUGCAGAAGGAGGGCAUUACAUGGAUUAAAAUGCAGUAGAGUAGUAUGGUAAGAGCAGAUAUGGGCUCGGGCAGGGGGGCAUACGGGACUCGGGUUUGGCUGUCAGCCUCACUGGCCUUCUUAUCCUUAAUUUCUCUGACUGAUGGCUCUCCAAUGAAGGUGAUGUCUGCCCCCAACUUGUUGGGGGUAGGAACAACACAAAACAUCUUUGUGGAGUGUCAAGACUGCACUGGUGAAAGUGAUUUAAUAGUUGAAAUUAGUAUACUGAGCUAUCCAACCAAAUCCAGAAAGCUGGUAUCCACAUCUGUGAACCUCACCAAUGCAAACAAAUUUCAGACCUUUGGACAAAUUAAGAUCCCCACUGAAGACUUAAGUAGGGCUCCACAACGGAAGCAAUAUGUUUACCUGCAAGCUCGGUUCCCUGAUGUGGAGCUGGAGAAAGUUGUCCAAGUGUUGUUCCACUCUGGAUACAUCUUUAUCCAGACGGACAAGACCCUCUACACACCCAACAGCAAAGUUCAUUACAGGCUAUUUGCGCUGACCCCUAACAUGGAACCGGUGGAGAGAAAUAAUUACACCUUAAGUGAUGCUUCUGUUGCCAUUCAAUUUGUGAACCCUGAAGGCAUCAUUUUCCGACUUGAUACAGUUUCUGUGAAAUCAGGGAUCCACUCUGGCCAUUUUCAACUUACUGAAAUAGUCAGCACUGGACUCUGGACAGUGACAGCAAGGUUCCACACUAAACCACAGUUGAGCUAUUCUGCGGAAUUUGAGGUCAAGGACUAUGUGCUGCCCAAUUUUGAGGUGAAACUGACGCGUGAAAGUCCCUUCUUCUAUGUGGACAGUGACGAGCUCACUAUAAACAUCAAAGCAACCUAUCUGUUUGGUGAAGAGGUGGAUGGGUCAGCUUAUGGGAUAUUUGGAGUUGUACAUCAGGAUCAAAAGACAAGUUUGACUGCCUCACUUCAAAAAGUGUCGAUUGAGAAUGGCAUAGGAAGCAUCACACUGAAGAAAGAGCACAUCAAUCAGACCUUUGAAAACAUCUACAACCUCGUGGGGAGCUCUAUAUUUGCAGCUGUCAGUGUGCUGACAGACAGUGGAAGUGAAAUGGCAGAGGCAGAGCUAACAGGUGUUCAGAUUGUCACAUCACCUUACGCCAUCCACUUCAAGAAAACGUCCAGAUAUUUCAAACCAGGAUUGUCCUUCGAUGUUGCGAUUGAGGUUUUGAAUCCUGAUGGCACUCCUGCACAAGGUGUUCCAGUGGUGACUGAUAUAGGUAACGUGCGAGGCGUCACCGCAGCUAAUGGCAUGGCGAGGCUUACUAUCAAUACAGUGAAUAAUCGUCAACCAUUGACAAUCACAGCAAAGACCGAUGAUCCUCAACUUUCACUUGGAAGGCAAGCAUCAGCCACCAUGACUGCUCUCCCAUACACUUCUCAAAGCAACAGUUACAUCCACAUAGGGGUGGAUACAGCUGAGAUAAAACACGGGCAAAACAUGAAAAUAAACCUCCACCUCACCGGGCAGGAAAAUGUGCAGCGAGACAUCACAUACUUGAUCCUUAGCAGAGGGCAGCUUGUGAAUUAUGGCCGCUAUAGGACAAGUGGUCAAAUAAUGAUAUCCAUAAUCAUCACUGUUACUAAAGACUUGCUGCCAUCUUUCCGCAUCAUCGCCUACUACCAUCCAAAUGAUAAUGAAGUGGUAUCAGAUUCUGUCUGGGUGGAUGUAGAAGAUUCCUGCAUGGGUUCGCUUAAGCUUGAACCAGAAGGAGGUUCCAAAGUUUUUGAGCCUCGUAAAAGAUUUAUACUGAAAAUCACAGGUGAUCCAGAAGCCACAGUUGGAUUGGUUGCAGUUGACAAAGGUGUCUACAUCCUAAACAGUAAGCACCGUCUAACCCAGAAAAAGGUUUGGGACACAGUGGAGAAGUAUGACACUGGUUGCACACCAGGUGGAGGAAAAGAUGGUAUGAGUGUAUUUUAUGAUGCUGGGCUGCUUUUUGAGUCCAACACAGCUUCUGGAACUCCUCAAAGACAAGAGCUGAAAUGUCCCACCACCAGCAGAAGAAAAAGGGCCACUGAUAUGAUGAAUGCAACAACCAGUUUAGUGAAUCAAUAUAAAACCAAACUGGAACGUGAGUGUUGUUUGCAUGGCAUUCGGAAAACCCCUGAUUCAAAUACCUGUGAGAGGCGCAGUUGGAUCAUCGAUGAUAAAACCUGUGCUGAGGCCUACCUGCACUGCUGCAAGGAAAUGGAAAAGAGAAGAGCUGAAAAGGAGGAGGGGGGUCUCAAACUGGCUCGCAGUAAGGACGAUGACAGCAGUUUUGUGGACACCAAUGAAAUUGUUUCACGAACCAAGUUCCCUGAAAGUUGGCUGUGGUCUGAUAUCAAACUGCCUGCUUGCCCUGAGCAGAACUCUAACUGUGAAACAACAUCACUUUCAAAAAAUGUUCCACUGCAAGACUCAAUCACAACCUGGCAGAUCACUGGUAUUAGUCUGUCAAAAACACAUGGUAUCUGUGUGAGUGAUCCAUUAGAGGUAUUUGUCCAGAAAAAAUUCUUCAUUGAUCUGACUCUACCCUAUUCGGCUGUUCGUGGAGAGCAGCUAGAAAUAAAGACAGUCAUCCACAACCACAGUCCUAAUCCUUAUACUGUGCGUGUUGAUCUGAUUGAGGUGGAGCAUGUGUGCAGCACAGCUUCUAGACGUGGGAAAUAUCGUCAAGAGAUUAAAGUUGGAGCCAGAACUAUACGCUCUGUACCCUUCAUCAUCAUUCCUACAAAAGAUGGACAAUACCCCAUUGAGGUCAAAGCAGCUGUUAAAGAGUCAGAAAUCAGUGAUGGAAUUGUGAAGAUGCUGCGAGUAGUGCCUGAAGGUGUAUUGAUAAAAACUUCUCAGACUGUAACUUUGGACCCCAAACACAGAGGUAAAGAUGGCAGACAAGUGGAAAUCCUCAACAGCAAGAUUCCUGUGGUAGAUUUUGUUCCAAACUCACCUACCAGCACUCAAAUCUCACUGACAGGGGCACAGCAGAGAAUUGUGCUAAAGAACACUAUUAGUGGGGAAUCCAUGGAUAGUCUGAUCUAUGAGCCUUCGGGAUGUGGAGAGGAGAACAUGAUUCACAUGACCCUAACAGUCAUCGCAACCACAUAUUUGGACAAAGCCAUUCUCUGGGAAGAUGUGGACAUUAACAAGCGCCGUGAUGCCCUCCAGCACAUCAGAACUGGGUACCACAACCAAAUUCAAUAUAGUAAAAAAGAUGGAUCUUUUGCUAGGACUCAGGAUCAACCCAGCAGCACCUGGCUGACAGCAUAUGUUGUCAAGGUGUUUGCCAUGGCCAACAAUCUAGUAGCAGUGCAAAGCGAAGUCAUCUGUAACGCUGUCAGUUUUCUGAUUCUGAACACACAGCAACCUGACGGCAUGUUUAGAGAAGUUGGAAGUGUGUCCCACAAAGAGAUUCUUGGUGAUGUGCUUGACACAGAUUCAGAUGCCUCCGUUACAGCGUUCUGUGUCAUUUCUAUGCAGGAGUCACGCACAAUAUGUGCUUCCACUGUUAAUAAUCUGCAAGUCAGCAUAGACAAAGCAGUGGCCUACCUGGAGAGGCGUCUGCCAAGCUUAGUCAACCCUUAUGCUGUGGCCAUAGCAUCAUAUGCCCUGGCCAACGAAAACAAAAUGAACCGAGAGAUCUUCUUUAUGUUUUCUUCCCCAGAUUUGUCCCAUUGGCCUACACCUGCAGGUCGUGUUUUCACAGUAGAGGCCACAGCUUAUGCUCUGCUGGCUCUUGUCAAAGCCAAGGCCUUUGAAGAAGCCAAACCUGUUGUCAGAUGGUUCAACAAACAGAUAAGAGAGAAUGGAGGCUAUGGGUCAUCUCAGGCCACAAUGACAGUAUACCAAGCAAUAGGAGAGUACUGGGCCAGUGAAAAAGAGCCAGACUAUGAUCUGAAUGUGGACAUCUUGUUGCCGGGCAGAUCAAACUCUGACAAAUACAACUUCAACUGGGAAAACCACUUUGCUACAAGAACAUCUAAAGUCGGUGUUAUAAACCAAGAUGUGAAAGUUUCAGCCACAGGCCCAGGAGAAGCAACACUGACAAUUAUGUCGCUGUAUUAUGCUUUGCCUAAAGAAAAGGAAAGUGACUGUCAGAAAUUUAACUUGUCAGUGGAGCUCAUCCCAGAGGACAUGAGUGAUGAUGAAAAUAUAUACAACCUGAAAAUAAAGGUUUUUUAUAAGAACAAGGAGCGUAAUGCAACCACAACAGUCUUGGAUAUUGGCUUGCUAACUGGUUUCACUGUUAACACAAAAGACCUGGACUUACAAACCAAAGGAUAUGCCCGCACUAUUUCAAAAUACACAUUGAGCACCGAGUCAGAAAGACCCUCGCUCACCAUCUACCUGAGCAAAGUUCCUCUUACAGAGCUAGAGAUCACCUUUAGGGUUCAUCAAAAACUGAAAGUGGGCAUCAUACAGCCAGCUUCUGUGUCUGUCUAUGAAUUCAGCGACCAGCUACAACGUGAUCAAAAAACGUGUGUGAGAUUCUACCAUCCAGAGAGGAAAGGUGGAAAGCUACUGCGCCUCUGUAGAAAUGAUGAAUGCACAUGCGCUGAAGAGAACUGUAGUUUGCGGAAGAAGGGAAACGUCAACGAUGAUGAGCGCAAAGCAAAGCUUUGUGAGACUACGUCGAAGAGUAAAACAGAUUUUGCAUACAAAGUGAGCGUGGAAGCAUUUACAGAUGGUUUGUCUACAGACAUUUACACAAUGCAGGUUCUGGAAGUCAUCAAAGAAGGAAGUUAUGAUGUGGGUGCUCAGGGUAAACAACGCAUAUUCCUAGGUUAUCAACACUGCAGAAUGGCUUUGGAUCUGGAAAUGGGCAAAACCUUCCUCAUCAUGGGAACAUCCGCAGAUAUUUACAAGGAUGAACCGAGUAAAUCGUAUCAGUAUGUUCUCGGUGCAAGAACCUGGAUCGAGUACUGGCCUACAGCAACAGAAUGUAAAACUGAGGAGCAUGCACCCACCUGUUUGGGUAUUGGGGAGAUGGCCAAUGAAUAUGCAGUCCAGGGAUGUCCAAAUUAGUGAAACUAAAGAGAAUAUAAAGUACCUUAAAAUAUCUUAAAAUGUUUUUUAAGGUUCCCAGCUGACAUAGGUUGUGUAAAAAGAAAAAUGCCAAACACAACCAGGCAAAACAAAUGUUAUGAUCAUAUACUGUAUAUAAAAGCUGGACUUGACUUACAGAUCUGAAGUGAGGUCAGUGAGGAAGUGUAUUAAACCUGCAUUCUUUCUAACUGGCCCACAGGGGCUGGCUCCUACAGGUUGAAAAAUGCAGUGUAAAAGAAGCCUAUCUAAAAUGUGAACUAUGACUUCAAUAAAAAAAUUCUAUCCUAUCCUAUCUUGUGGUUGACAAAUCACCAACCUAAGAGUGAGGAGUGUCACUCAGUUUGCCACUGAAAACAGCCCCUCACUCAUCACACCUUUGGAAGCAAGGAUCCAAGUUUUCCAGCUAAGUUAAAGUUUUCAAGCAUAAGAUUUGUGAUUUUGCUUCAGUCCAAAUAAUCUCAUAUGGAUAUGAAAUCUUUCUUUUAUUUUUCUCUUUGUGUAUAUGUAUAGGGCACAUUGUUAGGUACAGCAUACUUUACUGGGUUGGGCCUCCUUUUUGCCUUCACAACUGCCCAUGUAGACACUGGCUUCCUCACACAAGUCAAGUCAAAGAACAAAAAUUAAAUAAAUACACGUAAAUUUUAUUUAU